AAACCUCUCUCUCGAAAAAAAAGACAGUCCAGCUUGUCUCAUUGAUGUGUGGUCAUUUUAUAAAAAGUCAGGAAACACCUAAGAAUCUCCCAUCACUGUCCCAGUUCCCUGUUUCAUUUACAGAUUUGCUAUAAAUAACUGGAAGAUUGUUCCUUGGGAGGAUUUAUUUGAAUCAGUCUUUCACAUGCAAAGGAUAUUGUAGGAGAUAACUUACCACAUGUUGUUAAAAGCAUCCUGAUUUUGCUGGCAGGAAUAUGAACAUCUGUUGCGAGGAAAGAAAAAGUUUCAUGCAAAUUACACCAGGAAGAGAAGGGAUGUUCAAGUUGAGAAACCAGUGACAUUUCUUGUAACUGUACUAUGAGUCAGCACGUUUUCAAUCUUCUUGAUACUGUAUGGAAAUGCAGUGAGGGUGAUAGGGAGCAGUGUUCAUUCUACAUCUGCGCUAUUCUGUUUUCUUGUGGGAGUGUGUGUGUGACUUCAUGGCACCGACAUUUCUGUUUUUCAAUGAGGAUACAGUAAACUGUAGUCUGUGGAGGGCUGACUGGAAUCAGCAUACCCGUAGCUUUAGAAAGCAGUUUCCGCCCCAGCAAAGAGUGCAAGAGCGAUGGAACCCCAUGUUCCUGGAAGUUUGCACAUCAGAGUAAACAAACUUGAAAACCCCUCUUGAUAGCAGAAUUCACCCAGCCUUGUUCCAUUUUCUCUUAACAAAACACACCGCAAAAGCUCUCACAAGCUGCUUUGAUGAAGCCACAUGUAUUUCCCCCUUCACAAUUUACAGGAAGUUACUCUUAAAAGAAAGUGAUUCUGGUGUUUACUGCCUGUGUUAAAGGGACAGAGUUCCUUUUUAUUUCUGAUAACGUUUGAGCGAAAUACAGAAACAGCGUGUAGACUAACAUAGUCAGUAGGUGACUGACAAUAAAGCAACCACCUGUGUCCUGUUAGAGCAAAGGUUUUGCUAUGAACAGCCCUACUGCUUGGAGACUACAAGUUGCGGAUAACCAGAUUUAUUCCAGAGGGGAGCUUCACCACUUCAUUGAUGGCUUUAAUGAGGAGAAAAGCAACUGGAUGCGCUAUGUGAAUCCAGCGCACUCUGCCCGGGAGCAAAACCUGGCUGCGUGUCAGAACGGGAUGAACAUCUACUUCUACACCAUUAAGCCCAUCCCUGCCAACCAGGAACUUCUUGUGUGGUAUUGUCGGGACUUUGCAGAAAGGCUUCACUACCCUUAUCCCGGAGAGCUGACAAUGAUGAAUCUCACUCAAGCACAGAGCAAUCCCAAGCAGCCCAGCACUGAGAAAAACGAACUUUGUCCAAAGAAUGCCCCGAAGAGAGAGUACAGCGUGAAAGAAAUCCUGAAGUUGGACUCCAACGCCUCCAGAGGAAAGGACUUGUACCGCGCCAACAUUUCCCCGCUCACUGCAGGAAAGGACGCCGACGACUUUAGGAAAAACGGGAGCCCUGAAAGGCCAUUCUACCCUCGGGUGGUUUACCCCAUCCGGGCCCCUCUCCCGGAAGACUUUCUGAAAGCUUCCCUGGCCUAUGGGAUGGAGAGGCCGACUUACGUGACUCACUCUCCCGUGCCGUCCUCCACCACUCCCAGUCCCUCGGCCAGGAGCAGCCCCGACCGCAGCCUCCGGAGCUCCAGCCCCCACAGCAGCCCCGGGAACACGGUGUCCCCUCUGGCGCCUGGCUCGCAGGACCCCCGGGACUCCUACUCGUACUUGAAUGGGCCCUACGGCUCCGAAGGUCUGGGCUCAUACCCUGGCUAUGCCCCUGUGCCCCACCUGCCCCCCGCUUUCAUCCCCUCUUACAACGCCCACUACCCCAAGUUCCUCCUUCCGCCCUAUGGCAUGAAUUGCAACGGCCUGAGCGCGGUGAGCGCCAUCAACGGCAUCAACAACUUCGGCCUCUUCCCGAGGCUGUGCCCAGUCUACAGUAACCUCCUGGCGGGGGGCAGCCUGCCGCACCCCAUGCUCACCCCGGCCUCUCUGCCGAGCUCGCUGCCCACGGAUGGAGCCCGCAGGUUGCUUCAGCCGGAACACCCCCGCGAGGUGCUAGUCCCGGCGCCCCACAGUGCCUUUUCCCUCACCGGGGCCGCCGCCAGCAUGAAGGACAAGACUUGCAGCCCCACCAGUGGGUCUCCGGCCGCGGGAACAGCCGCCACGUCCGAGCACGUGGUGCAACCCAAAGCUACCUCAGCAGCAGCGAUGGCAGCCCCCAGCAGUGAUGAAGCCAUGAAUCUCAUCAAAACCAAAAGGAACAUGACGGGCUACAAGACGCUUCCCUACCCGCUGAAGAAGCAGAACGGCAAGAUUAAGUAUGAAUGCAACGUUUGCGCCAAGACUUUUGGCCAGCUCUCCAACCUGAAGGUCCACCUGAGAGUCCACAGUGGAGAACGGCCUUUCAAAUGUCAGACUUGCAACAAGGGCUUCACCCAGCUCGCCCACCUGCAGAAACACUACCUGGUACACACGGGAGAAAAGCCACACGAAUGCCAGGUCUGCCACAAGCGAUUCAGCAGCACCAGCAAUCUCAAGACCCACCUGCGACUCCACUCUGGAGAGAAACCUUACCAGUGCAAGGUGUGCCCUGCCAAGUUCACCCAGUUCGUGCACCUGAAACUGCACAAGCGUCUGCACACCCGGGAGCGGCCCCACAAGUGUGCCCAGUGCCACAAGAGCUAUAUCCAUCUCUGCAGCCUCAAGGUCCACCUGAAGGGAAAUUGCCCUGUGGCUCCAGCCACUGGGCUGUCCUUGGAGGACCUGACCCGAAUCAACGAGGAAAUCGAGAAGUUUGACAUCAGCGACAAUGCCGACCGCCUCGAGGACAUGGAGGAUAACAUCGAUGUGACUUCUAUGGUGGAGAAGGAAAUAAUGGCUGUGGUUAGAAAAGAGAAAGAAGAAACUGGCCUGAAAGCGUCUUUGCAAAGAAACAUGGGGAAUGGACUCCUGUCCUCCGGGUGUAGCCUUUAUGAGUCAUCAGACCUGUCCCUCAUCAAGUUGCCUCACAGCAACCCUCUACCUCUGGUACCUGUAAAGGUCAAACAAGAAACAGUCGAACCGAUGGAUCCUUAAGAUUUUCAGAAAACAAGUGUUUUAAGUUCUGACUUCAAGUCAGGGUGCCUGCGGCAAGUUGCUUGUAUGUAAUUCCAGUUCUGCAAAGCUCUUUCCUGACAGCACCUGUCUGGAAUUGAAGGUGGAACUACAAAGUUACUGAAAUCUCAGGGCAUAAAUAAGAAAAGACAAUAUAUAUAUAUAUAUAUAUAUAUACGUAUUAUAUAUACUUAUUUACACCCACGUCUAUAUAUUUGAACCUGUGUAUUUUGAAUAUUUGUGUGGAUAUGUUUGCAUAGCUUUCCCCAUUACUAAGACUAGCCAUAAUUAUUUUUUCAGUGAUAAUCCUUCAUAAUUUAUUAUACAAUUUAUCAUUCAAAAAGCAAUAAUUAAAAAAGUUUACAAUGACUGGAAAGAUUCCUUGUCAUUUUAGCAUAAAUGUUGUAUUUUGUUUUGUGGCCAUUCUUUGUAGAUAAUUUCUGCACAUCUGUGUAAGUCUCUAAGAUUCAGUAAACAAAUACAUGACUUCAGUCAACCUCUCUGUAUUAUGGUUUGAAAAUGAGGUUUUGGUAUUGCCAAAGUUAGACAAUUGAUGUGUUUGAUCCAUAGGAUUGUAUCAUUUGAAUAGCAUUGUAUUACUCGGGGGUAUGUGUGCAGAAUUACCCACUGAUAAAUGAGAAGAAAUAAGAAAGGGAAUUUUAUGUUUUUAUUGAUAGUACAUAUUUUUUCCGAAGCCACAGUUUUACCAGAAAGGUGACACGAAGGCUUUGCCAACCUUUUUCUCCAAAAAAAAGCAGUCUUUCCACCCCCUCCCAGAAUCAUGUGACCAGAGCGGCCACGUGACUUUUGCAUCCCAACGUAUUAUCUGAAAAUGUGAAGAAGACAAAAAUGCCAUGUUUCAAGCCACUGUGAAAUUUUCCCAAAGCACAGGUGGUUUUGUAUGUGUGAGGUUUGGGGGCUUAAGUCUAGGUGUUGUUUUGUUGUUGGUUUCUUUUGUGUUGUUUUUUAUAAAUGUCAAAAUUGCACAAACAUGGUGCUUUCUACCAGGAAGGAGUUGAGGUAGACAGGCUCAGGCCACGCUUCAAAAUCAAACUAAAAGCAAAUAGAUAAACGGGUAUUCUGGUCAUCUAAGGGUAAAAGCGGGUCAUGAACAUUCUUAUCCCCAACACAUCAAUUGUAUUUGUUCUGUUAAAGUCAGAUUUUCCUCAGUAUUUGUGUUUUUACAUUUUACAGUUAAUUUAAUUGAAGAUGAAAGGGCAUUGCAAAGUUGUUCAACAACAAUUACCUCAUCGAAGUGUGUCCAGAAGUGGUGCAGGAAGUGAUAUCUUAUCUAAUGCUUUUGCUACUCUGCCGGAGAAACCAAGUGUGGUCCCGAAGGACACACUGCAUGUCCUUCUGUCUUUUACUCUGCUAAACCCAAAGAUUACAUGUUGGCGUUCUAAGUGUAGCAAAGAAUGAUGUAUAUUUAUAAAUCUAUUUAUACCACGAUACCAUGUAUAUAUUAUAAUAUAUUUAUAACCACUUAAAUUGUGAGCCAAGCCAUGUAAAAGAAAUUACUUUUCCUAAUGGCAAAAAAAAAAAAAAAAAAAAAAAGCCAAAAAAAUCUUUUCUGAGACUUUAUUAAUCCUUGACCCUGCCGUCACAUUGGGAUGCUUGAGCAUCCCCUUGCCUAUUUUAAGAGCUCUAAAAUCUUGAUGCAGAGGUGGGGACCACAGAACAGCCAGGAAGAAGGAGAUACAAUGUUUUUCUUGUAAAGGACCAUCGAAGACGUCUUUAUUUUUGUAUUGCCACAUUUUGAUGAUAUGGUCAUACCUAGAUCACAGAAA